CAGCUGAUAAAAUGAAAUUUCAAGGUUGAGAUAUUAUCCAACCACUCCAAAUCCUUCACAUCGCCUGUUGCGUCGGAUUGGCACUGCAAGCCUGCCUAAGCCUGGUAAGCUUAAAGCACAAGUCGAUCCUGAAUCUGUAAGCAGAGAAGAUAUUUUCCCAGUCUUAACUACUCUGGAUGUCUUGGAAAAGCCUUCAAUCCUACAUAACCCCAACCAGUUCCUAACCUCACCCAACCCAUCGGAAUAAUAUUCCACGAACACAAAUGAACGUCGUGCUCAAUUAAUAAGGACUUUGACCCUCAACAGAGUUCAGCAAAGAAUUCAAAGUCGGCAGAGAACACGGCUUUCACAUUCCAACAAUUGAUUCUCAAAAGAUAGAAUAAGAUUUGUGAGAAUCACCCCCCUCCGCCUCGUCUCUCUCGAUCGAUUGUUCAAGCAGUUCAUGUGCGAAGGAUCCAAUACACACUCCAAUCAGUACGACCAACAUUCAUUCCCCGGACCGAUAGAAGGCGGGCAUAAUCAGGUCCACCGGUGGUCGCAGGAAAAAGAAAAAGUGGUCAAACAACUUGAUUAAGCCAAGUUUUUUAUUAAUGUCUCCACAAGAUCCACAGCAGCUUUAACUGAUCCGCUAAAACAAAAGCUUCCGGCCCCAGACACUUGAAAAUCUACGGUUACGGUUCAUCAAGUACAAACUCAAAAUUUAGCACGAGAUAUAUCGCCUUGUUCCCCUCUAUUUCUCACUUGGUGAUCGACAACACAAACUUGGGAAGCAUGAUAGAGUGAUUUCGCCACCCUAUGCGCCAAUUUCAACUCCCUAAAGCUUUCAAAGACCCUCCGACAGAGUAUUGGCAACCUAAGAUACCGUACAUAUUGCGACACUUACUACAAGAUAAUAUGAGAUUAUGACUUCGAUAUUGACUGCAUAUCCUCUGAAUUUGCCAGCAAAUAAUAUCAUGGCUCAAAUCGAUCCGCCUGCUAUGUCUCAAAUGGCCGACCCCGUGCUACAACACAGGCCUAAUGGAGAAAUUGACGAUAAGAAUCGCGGUAGACGUCGAAGCCGUAUAUCAAUGAAACCCACAGAAGAUGAAGGCGAGCUUUCGCACGGGGAACUUGCAGAGGGUCGCACUUCUGGUGAUGAUGGUCCCUCGCGAAAACGAAGGAGAAGUCGCAAAGGCCUAGACAAGAAGUUUGAAUGUUCUACACCAGGCUGUGGGAAGAGCUAUUCUAGAGCUGAGCAUCUCUACCGCCAUCAAUUAAACCAUACCCCGAAACAGAUAUACAACUGCGACUACGAGGAAUGCUCGAGAACGUUUGUCAGACAAGAUUUAUGUAAUAGGCAUCGAGACCGGCAUAAUGCAAAAGGUUCACAGCUACACAGAAAAGAUUCAAUGUUGAGUCAAGGGUCACCAGUAUCGCAGAUUUCACAACCACAAUUACCUCAAGGGUCCGCGUCCCCUGAGGUAACAAGACCGAGUCUAAUGGGUUCCAAGAUACGGACAACGCAAAUACCAUACCAGUCUCCACAAGACAUUCGACCUACUUCAUAUUCGCCAGUGACCAAAUCAGCACCCGGAACUUAUUCUGGUGCUGGCGCAGUUAACGGCGCAGAUGGAUAUCCAUCUGCCAAUUACAAGCGCUCCGAUUCUGAUAUGAUCCAGAGAGGUCAAAAUUCAUCAUCUGCAGGCUCUAAUAGCAGAGGUCAACGACAUCAAAGCUUUGGAACUUCUGAUACGAGGUCGUCUGAUUUCUCCAGACCAUUGCAAACAAAUGUUGGUCAUUAUCCUAUGCUACCGAAUACCCCGAACAACCAAAACUACCAUGGCAAUCAACCGCAUAGUCCGCAGGCAUACAUAAGCCAACAAAACUUUCCUCCAUUUAGCUUACCACCGCCAGGAUUUGCAAAUGUAGCUGCAACUACGAUGCCCUCACGUGAGCCUGAAUCACAAUUUCAAACUCCUGUUUCUACCGAGUAUCCAAAUGAGAUCAGUCAAGCUCAGCAUUCGGGUCCAGACAUGGUGCUUCUAGAUCAAAUGGCUACGUCAAACACAAUGCCGGUAUUCGGUGGCGAAGGAUGCUACAAUCGAUCUCCAUUCGCCAUACCCGAAGAUUUUGUAGCAUAUCUUUUCAGCAGCCAACAAAACGAAAUGGGUCAGAUGAGUCAACAGCCUUACGCAAACAGUUACCCCGACGCUACAGCGCAGUACUAUGCGCCCUAUUUUACUAACGAUAUUGGUCUUGGAGGGUUCUAUCCUCCUACUUCUCAUCAACCCCAUCAUCCUAUGGCUGUAACGAGUUUGCUUGACACUAGCUUGCCGGAGACAGUCUUGUCAGAAGAAAAGAGUCAAGCCAUUAUUGACUUAAUCAAGGAAAGAUUCAAUGAGACUGGAAACGCACCCCUUGUUAAGCAGAAAAAAGAUGCACUUUUUGACGGGGACCGUAGCAACGACAGUCAUAUGAUGAGUAGGAAAAUGAUGCAAACCUACAUUGGUAGUUACUGGUAUCAUUUUAGCGAUCAAAUGCCAAUAUUGCACAAACCAACGUUUUCUCCAGAUAAUACACCGAACCUCCUUCUGAUUGCAAUGAUGGCUAUAGGUGCCUCUCUUCUUGACAACACGUACGCCGAAGAUGUGACGCAGGCUGGUGCGGAACUAUCGAAUUUCUUGGCGUGGCACCUUAGAUGGGAGAUAUUCAGUGACCAACAAUUCCGCCCUCCGGCAAAAUUAUGGGUAUUCCAGGCUCUUUUACUCCUAGAAGUAUACGAAAAAAUGUAUUCUACCAGAGCGCUCCACGAAAGAGCCCACAUCCAUCACGCAACCACAAUCACCUUGAUGCGUCGGGGUAGCUCAUUGAUAGGCCGUUCUGCUUUGGAUUCACCCCCGAGUGCGAGAGAACAAGGGCACAAUAAUUCACGUCAAUCGUCAACCUCAGGAGCUAACACACCUGAUGAGUGGUGGAAUCAUUGGAUUACGAAUGAAGCGACAAGACGAGCCGCGUUUGCGGCAUUUGUUAUUGACUCUACGCACGCAACGAUGUUUGGACAUUCUACCGUCAUGGUUGCUCACGAGAUGCGUCUUCCUUUGCCAUGCGAUGAAGCCAUGUGGAAUGCCACAAGUAGUGCUGAAGUUGGUAGAUUGGAGUCAACCCUCCAAGCCAAUGGAGUGAAGCCUAUAUCAUUUUUGGAAGGUCUGAAACGAACUCUUAAUGCUCAAACGGUGCGAACAAACUCUUUUGGUCGUACGAUAUUGAUGGCAGGGCUCUUGAGCGUUAGCUGGCAUAUGCAUCAGCGUGAUCUACAGGUCAACUCAUUGGGAGUAUCGCAGGCGUUAGGCGGCCGAGACAAAUGGAGAGGGUCCCUGACUCGGGCAUUUGACCUUUGGAAACGAGAUUUCGACAUGUCUUUGCUACAACAAUCUGAAACGAUGACAGGACCAUAUGCUUAUACUGGUAAGGAGAACAAUGUUGUCUAUCAGUCCAGGACAGUGCUUCAUCACCUCGCACAUAUGGCAAUGCACGUUGAUGUUGUUGACUGUCAGAUAUUUGCAAGAGCGAAACGUCUUCUUGGUCGCACGAUUGGAUCACAGGACUUGAACAGUGCCCAGAAAAGAAUGAAAGACGCUUGGGCACCGACCGCUAGAGCUAGGGAUGCGACGUUUUAUGCAAUCAAAUUUCUCUGUACAGUACUUCUUCCCAAAGAAUCUACCUCAGUCUCCCACGGCUAUGAUCAUGCACAACCGGAUCCACCAUUCGAUUAUUCGGCUCGCGACGAUAUUCUUCUAAAUCGACCGUGGGUUAUGUAUUUCGCUGCUUUGAUUGUAUGGUGCUACGGAUAUGCACUCGAAGGAUCGACUAACGCCCCAGUCCCGUCUCCAAACUCAAUGGACGACCAAGUUCGGGAUAUGCGAGCCUAUUUGCGACGAUUCGGCUCGGUGGAUAAUCCUGAGGAACUGAAAAAGUUGACUGGUCUCAAUGGAUGUUCUGGGAUGCUGAUGGUUUUGAAAAGCGUUUUUGAAAAAACGAGAUGGCAAUUACUGCAUGAAGCUGCUUUGUUGUUGACCAAUUGUAUCAAUCUUUUGGGUGGACCUACACCAACACCUUCCCGUGAAUUGUGAGGAUGUAAAUGGCGAGGUGAGAGGAGCGGGCAAUGUGUCCUGGAUGGAGGUAGUUAGCCUUAUGAUUGUAUAAUAUUCUUGACGAGGUUUGGAAAGGGGGAGCUAUUAUUGAUAUGGUUUGGAACAGAUAUACUUUGGAAACGAUAUGGGAGGAUUUCUUUAGUUUUUAUGGAAUUUUAGGGGAACUUGAAGGCAUUGGGAAUCUGUGGAUACCCAAGACGUGGAAAUACGGAUAUGGAUAGGAUGUGAUUUGUUAGGUUGCAUGGUUGAGUAGUUGGGUUAGGGAGUUGAUAUAGGUACCAAUAUCAUUAUGACAUAUUCACACUGGGAUGUCGGAUUUAUUUCUUCUGCGA